AUGCAGAGCUUCACGUUUGCGCCGCCAACGCUGGCGCCGCGCGAGAAUCAACGAAAUUAUGUCUUUGUCGACGAACACAACAGACACAAGCGCUUGAAAGUUAUGAGAGCAUGCGAAGGAUGCCGGCGCCGUAAAAUCAAAUGCGACGCCGCAACUACAAAUGCGUGGCCUUGCGCCGCGUGCAUCCGGUUGAAGCUGAACUGUGUGCCACCAACCGUGAGUUAUGAUAAAGACUUCAACCCUAAUUCUCAAACUUUCGAACUCGACGCCAAAUCGGUCGAAUAUGCACCAGCUCCGAUUGAUACCCAGCAACACUAUCAACGACACAGUAUAAGCGGACCUAUUCCACACGGAGGGAUGCCCCAACACAUGGCACCUCCACUAACCACUCCCGUAACUGGCACCUAUCCGGACGGGAGAAUGUAUCAAACCGCACCUUACGUGGAUCAUUCGCCCACGGAGCAGAUGCCUUACCAACACAUGUCACAAGCUCAAGUCGUUCAACAAAAUAUCAAUUAUACACCACAGCAGCAACUGUAUUCGGAACCGCCAGCAAGCGCCCCUCCGGUGCCAAUGAGUGCGACGGAUGCCGAGAGUAGCUGGCGGCAUGAGACACCUUCCGAUCUGGCUGAAGCCCUUGGAGAACUGAAGAUCGAUCAUACUGCAGUUGCACCAUACAUUGCCAACCAGAAGAAGACUUUGGCGGAAACGCCCGCGCAGGAAGAGUAUGAGCUACAGUUGCCGCCCUCUACAAGCCUGGAUCACACUGUACGCAUACCGCCAGAGAUGAUGCCUUCUGAAGAACAAGCACUUCACUACUUCGAUUACUUCUUCACCAACAUCCAUCCCUACUGUCCAGUGGUGAACAAAGCAUAUUUCUACCAACAAUGGCAGACGGCGCGGGACUCCAUAUCGCCGCUCAUGCUCGAAGCCAUCUUUGCGUGCUCAUUGCUCAUGCUCGGAUUGUCCUCAGAAGGCAACAAGUGGCUUGCUCUUGCUGCCAGGCAUGAAGAAAGCUUCAAAGAUGUCUCCCGGUUAAGCACGAUGCAGGCAAUGAUACUUCUUAUGAAAGCUAGGGAAUCUUCACCGAAACGUGGCUACUUCUGGCGUUCUUGGAUGACCGUUGUGUCGCUUGUCGCGAUGGCAAAAGACCUGGAGAUUGACGAGCAUUACGAUAUGCACCAGAUGGGCAAGCCCUGUGGUUCUUCUAUUCAUGAUUGCAUCGCAAAGACCCGCGUUUGGCACACCCUGUUUAUACUUGAGGUGAUGGUUGGAGGUCCUCAAGGGCGCUAUGACUUUGGUGUGUCCACGGAUACAGUUGACUUCGAAAUGCCCCGACCCCUUCCUGCACUUGACAAUGCCGAGUUCCAAGUCUCUCGUCAAUUCACCCAGUAUAUCCGCAUCGUGAAGAACAUACAACAGACGACUCUUACCUAUGGACGAUUAAGGAAACGCACCGACGACUGGGCUAUGGAUCCUAACUUCGUUCAACACAACGUAGACUACCCUAUGUGGAUGAGGGAAUUACCGGAGGACAUGCAGAUCAUGUAUCCACCUGAUGGAUCCGCACCAUGGAUUCCAUCGCACUACAUUGCGAACAUGCAUUGCUAUCACUACCUAGGGGUGAUAAUGCAUGUCCGCCCUCAGCUUCAAGCUGUUUCUGACAGCUAUGACGAAGUCUGGAAGCAACACAUGCUGACGUGUUAUUCCGCCGCAAAGAAUAUGUGCAAACUUCAGGAAGCAAUCUUGAAGACCUACGGGCUCCCAGGUCUGUUGUGUAUGGUUAGAGGCAUAAGCUUCACUAUUUACUCUGUAUUAACUUGCACAAUGCUUCAUCUAGUUGCCAUUACUUGCCCCGACCCAGAGUUAAGCAACGAUGCGAGGGAAUUCUUCGUGAGACACAUGCGAAUUUUAGAGACCUGCAAGCCCGCUUGGCCAAUGCCGGAGAUGCACCAGCAAGUGGACAACUUGCGUCAGGCCUUUUCCGCGGAUGUGACAAAGCCGUUCGAGCUGAAGCCAACUUUCCCGUUUGGAAGCCCGCAAGUAGCUACACAAUCUAGCCCUUUGAGCAAUGCGGGUUCUUACCGGUCGCGUCUUCCAAGCCAGCAGUCCCCUCUGGAACAACCAGGUCAGGUCAACUACCAUGCACAUCCCAUCACACCACCGAUUUCGGCAUCCGACCACGAUCCCAAGACUGACUCUCCCGUAGCCCAGUCCCUGGUUAUGAUGGCCGCUGGACAACGGGCGCCGCAGAACCAAGCGAGUAUGCAAAUGCAGGAGCCCGCACAAUGGAAUCCACAGCGUCUGCUAGAUCAAUGGAAUGUAGCCUUCGGUACGCCCCCUCCCAGCACUACGUCUCAAUCGUCCCCGCCUCUAAGAGCCCCACCAACAGGCAACUAUGAUGUCCGGACACCUCAGGAAGCCAGCCAGGCCAACUACCAAUUACCUAACGCAUCUCCGCAAUCCAGCAGUCUUCAGGGCACUCAGGGCCAACUACCAUCUUCUGGUUAUGCAACUCCCAGUGUUAACUACGUUACCCCAACAAUGUGGCAAGAGGUUGUCGCAAGCUCGUUUUCUGAUAACCUCAAACGACGAUGGGAUCAUGGCAACACUGGCAUGAUCGAUACCACCAUGUAUAAACGGAGCAGAUGA